AUGGCUACCCCGCCUGUACUCGCUUUUGAUGCUGAGGGCCGCCCAGUGAAGUUUGAUACUUGGCUUGAUGACCUGCACCUCUUCCUACAGCUCACUGCCAAGGAGGAUAUCUCACUGUAUGACCACGCCCUCGGCCAUGCUCCUGCCCCUGCUACUGAUGCUGACAGCACUACCCGCUCACAGUGGCAGACUCGUGACGCCCACGCUCGCUUUGCCAUCCGCAACUCCCUGCCGUUAGAUGAGCGCGAGCACUUUGGCCAGUGCAAGACUGCUAGGGACCUCUACACCGCUGUAGUUGCCCGUUACUCCUCACCCGCUUCUGCUACGCUAGGCCGCCUCACUCUUCCCUACCUGUUCCCCGACCUAGCCUCCUUUCACACUGUCGCAGACCUCAUCACCCACCUUAAGACUAGUGAGGCCCGCUUUCGCGCUGCUAUGCCUGCCGAGUUUCUCACUAGCAACCCCCCCCCGCUCUGGAUCACUCUCUACCACAUCGUCACCCGCCUCCCUGACUCUCUGCGCGCAGUCAGGGACCACUUCCUCUCUCGCUCCCCCACUGAGCUCACUGUUGCCCUCCUCGAGAAGGAACUGCUUGCAGCUGAGGCGAGCAUCGUCGCUGUAGGCACCUCUCGUGGCGACCCCCGCACCCCGUUCUUCGAGGGGUGUUCCCCUUCCCCCCUCCUCCCCUCUGUCGCCUCUGCUGCUGCUGUCGACCUUCUUGGUGCUGAGAAGGUCGGGACCGCGUCUGCUUCGAGCGGGCGCCGCAGGGGCAAAGGGGGCAGGGGCGGGGGUGGCGGCGGAGGAGGUGGGGGUGGAGGCGGUGGGAGUGGAGGCGCGGCUGAGGAGGCUAGUGGCGGUAGUGGGGGAGGCGACAGCAGCGGCGGGAGUGGUGGCAGGGGCGGAGGCGGCAGCGGAGGCGGAGGUGGUCGUGGUGGCGGCAGGGGUGGAGGUGGCCGGGGCGGAGGCGGAGGGGGUGGUGGUCGUGGGGGCACUGGCGGAGGGCAGAGUCAGCAGUCCGCCCCGACGCUUCAGGCCGCCCGUGAGUGGUAUGCGCAGCGUGGCUGUACCUGCACGUACGUCAUUCGCACAGGUGACCGCAGCGGCCAGCAGUGUGGGAGGCCGCACCCCACGCAGCGCUGCUUCGCCCGCCUUACCGACGCGUGGCGCACCCAGUUUCCUACUGCCGCUGAGCUGCCGCGCUGGCCUGAGCUGGAAAAGAGGGGUGUUGAUAUUUGGGCUUUAGACUUUGAUGCUAUUCUCACUGCCAUGUAUGCGAUGUCUAUUAGUGGAGAGGGUGCUCAGUACUUGCGUGUUCCGCCCGACCCGGGUAUUCAGGCCAGUCCGGCUGCCGCUCUAGGUGCUAGUGCGUCCGCUCCCGCAGGUCCUGGUGAGGCUGCUGCCCUAGGUACUAGUGCGUCUGUGCCCCCUGGUACUGAGUCGACUGCAGCACUGCACACCUUCACACUGGACUCAGGUGCUUCUCGCUCUUUCUUUCGUGACCGCACUGUCCUUGAGCCCCUCGCUCGGCCAGUUGCUGUCUCCCUUGCUGACCCCUCUGGGGGUCCGGUCAUUGCGACCUCCUCCACUGUCCUUCCUUGUCCGGCGGUCCCGUCCGGCACGCUGUCAGGUCUCUACCUCCCCUCGUUCUCUACGAACUUGGUGGCAGGUAGUGCGCUCCAGGACGGGGGUGUUCACCAGUUCACCCCUGCCUACGAGCGCGUGACACACUGCACGUGUGCUCGGACGGGUCGCCACCUGGCUACCUUCACUCGGGAGCCGGGGUCGGACCUUUACACACUGACCACUGUGUCCCCUCAGGUAGCUGCGUCUGCGUCUGCGUCAGGUCAGCUGUCCGCCCCCUGCUCGUGUCGCUCUCUGGCACAUGAGACUGUCCUUUGGCACCACCGCCUUGGUCACCCGUCUGUGCAGCGCCUUCGGGCCAUGCACCAGCGGGACCUUGUUGCUGGUCUUCCCAGGGUGCUCCCUCCCCUUCCCGACUCGCCUGCUCCUCCCUGUAUUCCCUGUGUCGAGGGACGGCAGCGCGCCGCUCCUCACUCCUCCUCCUUUCCCCCGACGACUGCCCCCUUGCAGACGCUUCACAUGGACGUGUGGGGCCCAGCCCGCGUCCGUGGUCAGGGUCAGGAGAGGUACUUCCUGAUUGUUGUUGACGACUUCUCGCGCUACACCACGGUCUUCCCCUUGCGCGCCAAGGGUGACGUCCCUGAUGUUUUGAUCCCUUGGAUCCGCAGAUCUCGUCUCCAGCUCCGUGAGCGUUUCCGCUCCGACUUCCCUGUCCUGCGUCUGCACUCUGACAGAGGUGGGGAGUUCUCCUCUGGCCUAUUGGAGGCCUUCUGUCAGCAGGAGGGCAUUGAGCAGUCGUACACGCUUCCGGACUCUCCACAGCAGAAUGGGGUUGCUGAGCGCCGCAUUGGUCUGGUCAUGGAGGUCGCUCGUACCUCCUUGAGCCAUGCGGCUGCCCCCCAUUUUCUGUGGCCGUUUGCAGUCCGAUACGCUGCGCAUCAGCUCAACCUCUGGCCCCGUGUCUCCUUGCCCGAGACUUCUCCGACACUGCGUUGGAUGGGAGAGGCUGGCGAUGCGUCGCGUUUUCGGGUCUGGGGAUCCCGAGCUUUUGUCCGCGACACGUCCGCGGACAAGCUCUCCCGUCGCGCUGUCCCCUGCGUCUUCCUUGGCUUUGUCCCGGACGCCCCUGGUGCUGAGGUACCAGACCCCCUCCCCCCUCAGGGUGCCGCUCCCUCAGGUGUGUCCCAGGUAGACCCGGGUGAGCCUGUCGAGGUAGCUGUUGACUCUCGUCCUGCUAGGGGUGCUGAGCCUGGGGGUGCUGCGUCUGGGGGUGCUGAGCCUGGGGGUGCUGCGUCUGGGGGUGCUGAGCCUGGGGGUGCUGAGUCUGGAGGUGCGGAGCCUAGAGGUGCUGAGUCUGGGGGUGCUGAGCCUGAGCUUGCUACACCUGGAGGAGCCCUCUCCUCCCAGCAGCUGCAGGAGAGGUACCUCGAGUACUGCCGCCUCCGGAGAGGUGCUGCUGGAGCUCGUCCCGGUACUUCCCCUCCUACCCAGGAGCUCCCCCCCAUUCAGCAGAUCCGCGAGUGGUACACACGGCGCUGCAGUCUUCGGAGUGGUGCUCCUGGUGCUGCGGACCCUGGGGGUGGCGCUGCUGCUGGUGCUGAGGACCCGGACGUUGGAGCUGCUGCUGGUGCUGCGGACCCGCCUGGUGGAGCUGCUGCUGGUGCUGAGGACUCGGACGUUGGAGCUGCUGCUGGAGCUGAGGACCCGGGCGGUGGCGCUGCUGCUGGUGCUGAGGACCCGGACGGUGGAGCUGCUGCUGGUGCUGAGGACCCGAGCGGUGGCGCUGCUGCUGGAGCUGAGGACCCGAGCGGUGGCGCUGCUGCUGCUGCUGAGGACCCGGGCGUUGGAGCUACUACUGGUGCUGAGGACCCGGCCGGUGGAGCUGCUGCUGGUGCUGUGGACCCGGACGCUGGAGCUCCUACUGGUCCUGAGGACCCGGCCGCUGGAGUCUCCUCUGCUUCUGGAGACGCUGCGCGGCCGCGACCGUACUUCGUACCGCUCCUUCAGCAGGUUCUUGGGCAGGCUCCUCCUCCUUGUCCUCCUCCCUCCGUAGAGUGUCCUCCGCCUGUCCAGCCGCAGUCACAGUUACCGCCUACCUCGCCUCUCCCUGCUCCCUCUCCUUACACUGGUCCCACAGGAGGUCUUACAGAGCGUCGUGAGCCUGAGUCUCGUCCUGCGUCGCCUGUUCGUCCUGCUCGCACUGCUAGUCGUGUCCGUCGUGAGCGUCCUCCUCCUGUCCCAGACACUCACUACAUGACUCUGCGUCCCUCUACUGCUCCUCAGCGUGUCCCUCUACCGUCACCUCCUGCGUCCUCUUUGCCUGACGUUCCGGACCCUGAGUCUGACCGGUAUCAUGCUGAGCACCCUACUGUCACGCGUCUCCUAGCUACUGUUGUCACUGACCCUACCUUUGAGUCCUCGGCUGCGUCUGCUCUGGUCGCUGAGUUGGUUGACUUUGCUGCUGCCUGUCGUCUAGACUACGCUGCUAGCCUUGUUGCUGAGUCUGCGUCUGAGUCUGUCUGUCCUCCGUCCGUCGGGGGUGAGUGUGCUCUUGGCACGGACGUCCUUGAGGACAGACAGGAGGAGUUCCAGUGUCUUGCUGCUGCUUUGCCCCGUCUCGUGUCCUUGCUAGUUGCCCCUGAGGGAGACCCGGAUGCACCAGACAUCCCGACCCCGCGCUCUUACGCAGAGGCGAUGGCAGGUCCCUACUCCUCUCAGUGGCAGACAGCUAUGGACGCAGAGAUGGCUUCCUGGAAGUCCACACGCACCUACGUCGACGAGGUUCCCCCACCUUGGGCGAACAUCGUCAGUGGCAUGUGGAUUUUCAGGGUGAAGCGGCCGCCGGGUUCUCCGCCUGUCUUCAAGGCGCGUUACGUGGCUCGAGGCUUCAGUCAGCGAGAGGGAGUUGACUUCUUCCAGACCUUCUCCCCCACCCCGAAGAUGACUACUCUUUGGGUGCUGCUGCACAUAGCCGCUCAGCGCGACUACGAGCUUCACUCACUUGACUUCAGCACUGCUUUCUUGCAGGGCAGCCUGCACGAGGAGAUCUGGCUGCGCCGCCCACCUGGCUUCACUGGGUCUUUUCCUCCUGGUACCCAGUGGAGGCUUCAGCGGCCGGUCUACGGUCUCCGCCAGGCACCGCGUGAGUGGCACGACACACUGAGGACUACACUUGCGGCUCUUGGGUUCGCGCCUUCUACAGCUGACCCGUCGCUGUUCCUGCGCACCGACACUUCACUGCCGCCGUUCUACAUCCUCGUGUACGUCGACGACUUGGUCAAUGCCACUGCUGACACUGCAGGACUCGCCUACGUGAAGUCGGAGCUGCAGAGGAGACAUACGUGCACAGACCUGGGUGAGCUGACAAGCUAUCUUGGCUUGCGGAUCACCCGGGACAGAGCACGGCGCACCAUCACCUUGACUCAGUCACACAUGGUGCAGCAGGUUCUCCAGCGCUUCCGCUUCACGUACUCCUCGCCUCAGUCCACUCCUCUGCCUACCGGUCACUCGCUCUCAGCUCUGCCUUCGGAUGAGUCCGUAGAGCCGAGUGGCCCGUAUCCAGAGCUUGUGGGCUGCCUCAUGUACCUGAUGACCUGCACUCGACCUGACCUUGCAUACCCUCUUAGCAUCCUUGCACGCUAUGUCGCUCCUGGCCGUCACAGGAAGGAGCACAUGGAUGCCGCUAAGAGGGUGUUGCGCUACUUGUGCAGUACGUCGGGCAUGGGGCUUGUGCUUGGAGGGCGAGACCGAGUUGUGCUCACAGGGCACUCAGACGCUUCUUGGGCAGACGACCAGGCCACUCAGCGGUCGUCUCAGGGUUACACCUUCAGCCUUGGCUCUGGCUCAGUUUCUUGGCGCUCUACACGCUCUUCUUCUGUUCUCGGCUCCAGUUGCGAGGCUGAGAUCUACGCUACAGCCAUGGCUGCCCAGGAGCUACGCUGGCUGACCUACCUGCUGACUGACCUCGGAGAGCCGCCUCGUUCUCCUCCAGUACUGUACGUCGACAACAAGGCUGCCAUUGCCUUGUGUGAGGAGCACAGACUGGAGCACAGAACGAAGCACAUCGCCCUACGGUACUUCCUUGCUCGAGAGCUGCAGCAGCGCGGUCAGCUUUGUAUUCGCUACGUGGCCACUGAGGCCAACACUGCUGAUGUGUUCACCAAGGCGCUUCAGCCUCGUGACCAUCAGCGCUUCUGCACUCUACUAGGCCUUGUGCCUACUGGACCUCACUUGCUUACCUCUUGA